AUGGCAGGCGAUCGGAAGAUAGGGGUGGCGCUGGACUUCUCCAAGAGCAGCAAGCGUGCUCUCGAAUGGGCCAUCGACAACCUGCUCGGCCAGGGGGAGACUUUCGUUGUCCUCCACGUCCGACAUCCCAAGUCAUCCUCCACCGCCGAUCUCUCUUCCGACUCUGCUCUGAUUCCUCUGGCGGAGUUCCGUGAGCCGGAGGUGUUGAAACGCUACCAUUUGGAGACGGACAUUGAAGUCCUUGACGCGCUCGACACAGCGGCCAGGCAAAAGGAGGCCAAAAUUGUACUGAAAUUGUACACGGGGGAUGCGAGGGAGAAGCUCUGCGAGGCCGUGGAGGAACUGAAGCUGGACUCGCUGGUAAUAGGCUGCAGGGGACUCGGCAUGAUCCAGAGAUAUCAUACUUUGUGA